GUUUAGGUUGCCUUGAUGGUCUUGUUAUUCAGUCCUUAAUUACAGUAUUGUUAGAUCUGAAUAACCCAAAUGAAGCUUGGUUCCAAACCAGUAGCUCGCUUGCUAGGCAGCAACCUACAUCGUAGGAGUUGUUCAAGAAUACAGUAAAAGUAUUAAUAGUUCUAAUUACAGUUUCUUCUGUUGCCGCUGGUCUCAGUUUCUGUAGCAAACUUUAGCGCAAUCAUGUACAGGUCCGGGUGAACAGCGUUCUUACCAGGCUUUUAUAUGAGUUAGCUAAUUAGAUGGCACGGUAUCUUUUUGCUUAAAUAGUUAGAAACAUCAGGUACUUAACGUCAACGUGAUUUGUCAGUCAUGUCCAUGGACCUGACGUUCCUCGGUACGGGUUCGGCAUACCCGUCUCCGCACCGCGGCGCCUCGGCCCUGGUGCUCCGGACCGAGGGAGAGUGCUGGCUCUUCGACUGCGGAGAGGGCACGCAAACGCAGCUGAUGAAAAGUCACCUGAAAGCCGGUAGGAUCACUAAGGUGUUCAUCUCCCACCUGCAUGGCGACCACCUGUUUGGGCUCCCGGGGCUGCUGUGCACCGUGGCGCUGAACUGCAGCCCCUCCCCCGCUCAGACGCCCGUGUGUGUCGACAUAUACGGCCCCCGGGGCCUGAGGCGCUUCCUGCGUGUGGCCCUGGAACUGUCGGGCUCCCAGCUGCCCUUCCCCUACGCCGUGCACGAGCUGGAGCCCACCGCCGACCAGUGUCCUCCCGAGGGCUGGCUGAGCCCCCCGCCGGAGGCGUCCCCCGCUGAUGAUCGCCUGCACCCCCAGGAGCGCCUGGGACGGAACAUCCCUCUGGACCCGGCCGAGGAGUGCUACGCCCUCCUGGAGGACGAGCGCUUCGUGGUGCUGGCGUUCCGGCUCUUUCACCGGCUGCCGUCGUUCGGGUUCUGCGUGCAGGAGCGAGAGCGGCCGGGCCGGCUCAGGACUCAGCUGCUGCGGGAUCUGGGGGUGAAACCAGGCCCGAUCUACGGGAGGCUUAAAAAUGGCGAGACAGUGACACUGGAGAGCGGGCGGGUGGUGACCCCGGACGAGGUGCUGGAGGAGGCCAUCCCGGGCCGGAAGGUGUGCGUGCUGGGGGACUGCAGCGCGCUGGUGGGUGCGGGCCCGGUGCGGCUCUGCCGGGGGGCGGACGUGCUGGUGCACGAGGCCACCCUGGGGGACGGGCACCGGGAGCGGGCGGUGGAGCACGGCCACAGCACGCCCGGCAUGGCCGCCGCCGUGGCACGGGCCUGCCGGCCGCGCCGCCUGGUGCUCUCCCACUUCAGCCAGAGGUACAGGCCGCUGGGCCUGGGGAAGGAGGGGGAGGGGGAGGACGACGUGGCGGAGCUCGGGAGGCAGGCCGAGGAGGCACUAUGCGGCACCGGGGUGGAGGUCGUGCUGGCCGAGGACUUUCUCACGCUGCCCAUCCCAAUCAAGAAGCCCCACUGAGGCUCUCUAUCCUGCAGGGAACACGGACUGGCAGUACAACCCAGCCUCUUAACACAAAA